AACCUCCACACCUUCCCCAACCCAAACACACCGCGCAGGCCCUUCACGGCCGCUUAAUUAGCGCGAGAUGGCAGACACUGCCUGCAGGCACGAGACUUGCUGAUUGGCGUGCGCACGCGAAAACGCGCAGAGCAUGGAUUGGAAUUCCUACAACGAGAAAUAAACGAAACGUCAUUAGGUCAACAACAUUGUUUUGAAGAUGGUUUGCUCACCUCGGCACACUGGGUUGUUGGGAAAAGCUGUAGUACCCAGUGAACACCCAUGAGGAUGCAAGGAGAAUGUGCAGACUGAACUGGGGCCAUUGUUCUUCCAGAGACGGAUUACUCUCCUGUAGCCUGUCACUAUGAAAUGCUUCAGUUCCAGAUGCCGUGGAUUAUGGUGGGAAUGUGUGACUCAUGAAUUUGAAGGGAUUACAACCUGUGAAGAGUAUGACUCCAUCCUAGCCGAACACUCACUAAAGCUGGUGGCCACCCGAGCACUGAUGAUCAUGGCAGACAUCCUAACAGGAUUUGGCUUCAUCAUACUACUCCUUGGACUUGACUGCAUAAAGUUCCUGAAAAAUGAGCCUGGCAUAAAAAUACGCAUCUGCUUUGUGGCUGGAAUCACAUUGCUCUUGGGAGCUAUACCUGGUAUGGUGGCAUCGGUGUGGUAUGCUGUGGGAGUGUAUGUAGAGCGCUCCACUCUGGUCUUCCACAAUGUCUUCCUUGGCAUCCAGUUUCAGUUUGGCUGGUCAUGUUGGCUUGGUAUGGCUGGCGCUAUGGGAUCUGGUCUGGCAGGAAUGGUGCUGACCUGCUGCACCUACCUCUUAAAAGAUGUGGGGUCAGGACACAAUCAUCCUCCUUAUUAUCAACAUUCUCGGACAGUCAAAGGAAAAAAAUACAAAACAACCAGCCACUCAUCCCCUGCCAGUAUGUACUCCUACACAAAGACUGAAACUGCUAAGAACUAUGCCAUUGACACAAGGGUAUAGAGUCCAGGGGCAGAGCUCACCGCUGUUUCUUCUUGCACAUGUGUGGUGUGUUUGUGUUCUGCCUCCACUUUGCAUUGAAAACAUCUUAACCUGCUGGACAGAAACACAGCGGCAAGCUUGUUCCUUGCAAACUCCACAUUUGAGCUGAAAUCAUCCUUGUCAACACCCCACUGAAACAGAAAAUGAGAGAUGUCUGUGAAUCUGGGACAGCUGAACUGAACCACUGUUUACAAAUUAUCUCAAAUGGGCCUUGUAAAUCUCAAGGGGUCGCAUGAAAUGUGCAAAUCAGUAGCUAAUACCUAUUAGGGGGCUCUCGAGAAUA